UUAUUAGUUUAGAAACAAAAUCCAUUUCAGGAUGAGCAUUUCAAUCUAGAUGAUCAGUACUGUAUACAGGAUGUUACAGAGGUAAAGAAGGUGGAUGCAUCAGAUGUUGCUAUGGAAACUACACAGGUUGACCCUGCAGCAAAUUUGACCUUCAACCUGACCUUGACAGAUAAGGAAAAGAAAGCCAGGAGCGAAGUGAAGCUGCCUUACACUUAUGACGCAAACAGACAAGAUGACUCAUUUACCAGGUCCGUUGGAGAGGGAAAGAUAUUUUACCAACCUGAUGAGGCGGACGAUUUUGAUGAAGAAGAUCCUGAUGACGACCUUGACAUCUGAAUAUAGGCGACCAUUUUGUGAAGAUAUUAAAGGGAAACAGAUGUAAGAUUUAUAAGGUCUGCUAGCAAGAAAAAUAUACUUUUCCAGACUAAUGAAAUGGACCAUAAUGACACUCUAUACAUCUGAAUACUGUUUUAUGCAGACAUGUUUUGAAAUUCAUAAAUGGAAGAUGUGUCCUCUAUUAAGAUCUGUUAGUUAGGGAAAUAUAUUUUGCCACAUGAAAUAUACAACUGAAAGGGAAAAGAGUCUUGACAAUGCAUUAAACAUCUUAAGUAGUUGAUUCCACUUCAUACAUCUGUUGUAACAACUGCCAGCAGGACUGUGGUGAAAGAGCGAGUUGCUGCAUAUAAGGGAAUUGUUGAACUGAAUUGUCAUGCACAGACGGAUUCAAAUUUGCCAUUUGUUAUAUAAAUCAAUAGAGAAUUAUUUAGUUAUUGCCUCACCAAAGUGUCAGAUUCACUUGUUAGUCCUACUCAGUUGUCAUUCUUUACAUACCUGAACAUAGAAAGUGUUUAGA